AUGAAAUUUGGCGAGCAGUUAGCAAGCCAUCUAACACCGGAAUGGCGGAAGCAGUAUAUCCGAUAUGAGGAUCUGAAAUCAAUCCUGUACGAAAUGAUGGCCGAUGUGCCGACGGAUCCGGAAGCUCGUGAACAAUAUAUCUCGCAGAUGGACGAGAAUUUUUUUGAAGAAUGCGAACGAGAAUUGACAAAAAUUAAUCUCUUCUAUAGCCAAAAAAUUGCAGAAGCUCAAGGGAAGUUCCAUGAGUUGAAUGCCGAAUUGACCGCUUUCAAAGAGACUGUGGAAACACGAGAAAUACAGACACCGAAGAGCAGCAGUGUGUUUCGGCAACGAAUCAAGCGACAGAGCGUUUCCGUGAAACGUAUCGCCAAAGAGCAUGCAAAAACAUCACAACAACUGAAACUCGCCUAUUCGGAAUUCUACCUGGCUUUGGUUCUACUCCAGAAUUACCAGCAACUUAACGCAACAGGAUUCCGGAAGAUCCUGAAAAAACACGAUAAGCUAACAGAGAACGAACGUGGCCUGAAUUGGAGGAUUGGCAAAGUGGAGAAGUCCUCGUUCUUUCUGAGUCGUGAAGUGGAGUCUUUGAUCGCCAGCGUGGAGCAGAAUGUUAUAAACGAGUUGGAGGGGGGUAAUCGGCAGGCCGGCAUGAAACGCCUGAAAGUACCACCGUUGAGUGAGAAGCAGCAUGCAAUGACUACUUUCACGUUAGGCCUCUUCCUUGGCGCAUUCGUGGUACUUGCGUUUGCAGUGCUUAUAUCCUGGUUUGCAUCCUCGGCUCGUCCAAAUGAGCCGAAGUGGGUCGCCGUACGCUUGUUCCGUGGACUUUUGCUGCUCUUCGUCGCCGUUUGGCUCUGUGGCCUAAAUAUGUACGGAUGGGCAGAAGCUGGCGUCAAUCAUGUGCUCAUUUUUGAGGUCGAUCCACGAAAUCAUCUUACCUAUCAAACAGUGAUGCAGAUCGCCUCGUUCAUGUGCAUGCUCUGGUCAAUCGGUGUACUGGGUUACCUUUAUGCGCAUCUUAUCUAUCUGCCACCAUUCCUGUUCCCGCUGUUGCUGAUGCUCGUUUGUUUCAUCUAUUGCAUAAAUCCGUUCAAAAAGCCGGACAGCAUUUUUCGGAGGAAUAGCCGUUUCUGGUUCAUCAAGCACUGCUUCAACUGCUUCACUGCUCCGCUACAUUUCGUAACAUUUACGGAUUUCUGGCUUGGUGAUCAAAUGAAUUCACUGAUCACAAGCUUCCUUGAUUUCCAGUAUUUCAUUUGUUUUUAUGCAACUGAAGUGGACUAUUCCGAUUGGACCCUUACUGUUCGGACGGUAAAUGUGACCGAGAACGAGCCAGUGCCUUGGGGUUACGUGGAUAUCAAUACGGGUCGUGAUAUGUGCACCAGUGCGUCCGGUGUACGCGCUUUAGUAUCCAUCAUUCCGGCAACGGUUCGUUUCAUGCAGUGCUUACGGCGAUUUCGCGAUACGGGUCGUGCUCAUCCGCAUCUCAUCAACGCCGGUAAAUAUUCCACAACCUAUCUGGUCAUCAUUUUCAAAUCUCUCAAUCAUUGGGCUGAAAAGAAUGACCCAAAUGUAACAAGUGUAUUUUUCUACCUCUGGAUCACAUCCUACAUUGUUAGCUUCACGUAUACGUUUCUCUGGGAUAUUUUCAUGGACUGGGGUCUUGUCGACCCAGUGGCACCCAAGGAGCUACCAUUCCUACGCGAAGAAAUUAUUUAUGGUAGCAAAUGGUAUUAUUAUGCAGCAAUUGUGGAAGAUUUUGUGUUACGUCUCUCUUGGGUUCUGAAUGUAUCACUGGGUGAAGCAUGGACACUGGAAUCCGACUUUCUGACUUGCAUCACUGCACCUUUGGAAGUUUUCCGGCGUUUUAUAUGGAAUUAUUUUCGACUAGAAAAUGAACAUAUCAAUAACUGCGGUCAGUUCCGAGCAGUCCGCGAUAUUUCGGUGAAGCCGAUCAAAAAGGGCGAUUUGGAAUCGUUGCUUUCGAAGAUGGACAAUGAAGACGGUGUGACUCACCGCGGCCAGGAUCUCAGGAUGCGUGCGAAAAAGCGCAAGAAAGCGGCGAAAAGUCGAAGGCAAAUUUUAUGGCGGCCACGUUUCACAAGAGUUGCCAUUAGUUUGCUGCCCAAUAGCUCAUCAGCUACGUUGGCUGAAACAAAACACUGA